CGUCUAUUGGUAGGUGAAAAAGCACCUAAAUUUCUCUCUAUGUCCUUGUCUAUAAAUUUUACUACUCUGGAACUUGGAAGGUCAAUUUUACUACUUGAGCUACGCCACUGGUUUUAGGGCAUUGGUUUUAGCUGAUUAUCAUAUCAGUAGUUUUAUUUUCAGCUUUCUGAAUAACUUUUUACAAUCAUCUUGAGAUAAGCUUCGUACCAAGCUGGGCGUCAACUGUUUUAAAUUUUUGAUAAUGCGCCUACCAAAUUUUUGACACUGCGCUUCAGUGUUGUGAGGGAGCACGCCAGUUUCUGUUUACUUCCUCUGCGUUGGAAGGCCAAGAUGGUGGACGCUGCCGAAUCUUCAAAUUUUCAACAGAGCAGCGCCAUUGCAAUACCGCAGCGCACAAAGCUGAUAGAAGAAGAUGGUGAAGAUUUAAAGCAUGUCAGUGCUUCUCCAAACCUUAACAAUGCUUCGCAUAAUGUUAUAAAGUCUAAAGAGAGUGAUGGAACCCCGCUAAACAGUCCCUGGACUUUUUGGUUCGACAGGUACCAGAGAGACUGCACUGCUGCACAAUAUGAGGCUAACCUUAGAAAGCUUUAUACAGUGACCACCAUCGAGGGCUUCUGGGGAGUUUACAACAAUAUUCCAGAUGUGGGAAAAAUCGGUCUGGCGUCAUAUCAUUUAAUGCGCGGGGAAAGGCGGCCUAUUUGGGAGGACGAUUGCAAUGUCAGAGGUGGAUAUUGGAAAAUGAGAUGCAGCAAAGAUAAGACAUCAUCACUUUGGAAGGAAUUACUUCUUGCAAUAAUUGGGGAAAAAUUGUCAAGUUUUGUUCAUAGCGAAGAUGAAAUUGUUGGUGUUAGUGUGAGCAUCCGUGACAGAGAUGACAUAAUACAAGUUUGGAACCAAGAUGCAAAAUAUAGUGAACAAGCAAGGGUUAUUGAGGCUAUAUAUGAUUUGGAUCAAGAAUUGACUCUUCAUAACUCUUUCUACAAAGCUCAUUGUGACCACUCGGCAUUUGAAUCGGGAAGCAAGCGUCCCGGCCAACAACAAGGGGGGCCACGCAAAUAUGAAGGAUUUUCCCACACACCACCAAGCUAUGGCUCAUCUCCACGGCAAUCUUUUGGUGGAACAAGGGACUUUGCUCCCCAGAGGUAUGGCUCGUCACCAAGGCAGGUGUUCGGUGGUGCAAGAGACGCUGCGAGCAUUUGAAUGUAUCGACUGUUCAAAGUGGUCAAAAAUUCCUGUUCUCAAAUGAAGAUGCAUAUAAAUGUAAUGGAAUCACCUUAUAAUGAUAAUUUAAUUUAAUUCCGUUUAAUAUAAUAAGAUUGAGUAAAUUAUUUGUCAAUUUUUUAUUAGUUAAAAAUAGCUGACUGAUCUCCAAAAAUUCCUCUCCAAUAGGAUUAAGUACAGUUAAGUCACAAUAUUGCACAAUCCUAUUGGUUUAUAUUUUGCAGAAUAGCCAAUCAGAUCGAUGAGUACAAUCAUAAUGAAUUGGCAAUUUAGGCUGAUUCGCCUUUUGUUCUCGACCAACAUGGUCUUUAUGAGUAUCUAGCAUUUUACCGGAGAAUUGUUUUUUAUUGUCAGCUAUCAAUGAUAAACAUUUUAAUCCCAAGCAUUUUUAUCUAACAGUUAGUUUCUUGUUUUAUGCACUGAAAAGGCCACGAGAAAUGACCACGCCCUGGGCGAUACCGUUUAUUUGCCAUUUUAAAAAAAUUAAUUUUUCAUGAUGUGCUGUAUUUUUCUGUUGUUAUCAUUUUAUCGUGAUGUUUAAUAAAUUCUAGACAUAAGAGCAGUCAAUUUUUUGAAAGAAUUUUUUGAAUAUCUGCUUUUUCCUUUCAAUUAUCGCUGCAAGAUUUUUUCCUUUUUUAUCAUCAUUGAAAUAAUUUAAAACAUAUCAACGAUUACAUUGGAUAAUUUGCCAUUGAUAUUUGUUCCAGGUUGCCAAAUAAAAACCGUUAGCAAAUAAGGGUAAGAUGGUCCUAAGAGUGUUUGACCAUUGUCAAUCAUAAGACUGAAGAUGGGGCUCUCUCAUCAUUGGACCAUUUAUUUUUGAGCUGCGCCAAUCGCAAAGACGGCCAUAAAUAAAACCUAAGCCGUUUUUGAGGGGGUUAAGAAGAAGAAACAAUGGCCUUCCGCCGACUAGCAAUACCUUGUUCAUGCAAAAGUCGCAAGCCAUACGGCCAUUAACUAAUGCACGAAGAAAAAAAAGAAGUUAACCUGCCUGCAAACAUCUGAAAAUACUUAGACGUGGAUUGGGUAAGCAGGGUCGCAAGAAAAAACCUUUGCUCUCCACAGUCCAACUGCAGGUUGUCUUGUAACGUGUGAGAAUGAAAUUUUGCCAAAAUAACGUUUAUACGCUCAAGGCUAAUGCACAAUUGCGCGCUUGGUGCUUACUCGAGCACUGCUACAAUAAACACAAAUGUACAAUCUGUGCCAAAAACAAAAGCCCAAGGGGUACCGAAAAGGCGCACCCUGUCACAUAAUAAACGUGGCUAAAUUUCAUUUAAUCAAGCUUUGAAAGCAGGAAAAGAGCCUACGUCAUCUGGCCUAUACUUUUAUUGACAUUUGCAGUUUUGCUGUAAGCAUCAACCAUUGUGGAUUGUAGCAUGAACUAGGAAUCUCAGGGGGAGUAUGGUUACUUUGCAUUCAUUGGCUUGUUUCCCCUUUGGGACAAAAUUAUUGGUAAACUGUACUUAAAGAAGUCUAGUGAGACAUGUCUUUGUCAAUGAGCGCCAUGGCGUUACUUGACUGGUCAGGACUUGCCCCAGUCCAAUGUAAUCCUCAACGUAGCGUUCGAGAAAAUCUCACGAUUCCUGCCAAUUAUCAGUUAUUUUUUUGCUUCCAAAGUUGUUAUGGUUGGUUAAUAUGUCCUUCCCUGCACCCUCGAUCUUAUGUGAAAAGUCAGUCAACCAUCAUGUGAUCGAAGACGAGUCUGAGCAAUAAAUAAUUUGAAAGUUGCUAGCUGAAGAUUUCUCAAGCAAUUAGAUGGUAAUUCGCAUGCCUCCUGAAAGAGAUACUUUCAAGAUGGAGAAAAACCUAGAGUUCCUGCUCACAGAAACAAUGGAGGAACCUGGUGUCACAGGAGUUCUUUGCAUUGACAACCAAGGAUUGCCAAUUGCAGGUA